AUGUAUUUCCUACCAUCAUCAUAAAAACUUUUUGAAGAAUACUUUUCCUCCAGAUAUUAAAAAGAAAAACUUUUUUCAAGUCCGAGACCCCCUAUUGCUAAAGAGUACUUUCGUAUCCGCUCUUAAUAAUUAAAGGAAGAUAUUUUUUUAUUAUAGGGUAUUAUUGUAAGUAAUAAAAUAUCGAUUGUGAUAAUUCAGGAUGGUACAAAAUAAAAUGAGUUAUCGAAAUUGGAAAAAAACAAUAAGUUUAAAACUAAGAUUGUUUUAUCAUAUUCAUAAGAAUUAAGUAAGAACUCCUUUAAACAGUGCUAAAUAUUUUUAUAAACAGCAAUAAGAGAUACCAAAUUGGAUGGAUUAAUCAAGGACUAGUAUUUAUAAACAUGUUUAUCAGUAUUUAAAUUAUAAAAUCAUUUAAUAAAUGACAUCAUAGACUUCAGCUAAAUAAAUGCAAAGUUAUUAGACCUUUUAUUCAGUUAAUUUAAACUUUAGAAAAUAAUAAAUGAAAUAACUGAAUAAUUUAGAUUCCAAUUUCAAUUUAAGAAUCUAAGUCUUGCCUUCGAAACUAGCCGACCAAUGUCUCUAUUGACUCAAAUUAAAACAGAUUACUGA